CUCGCUCCUUAUUUCCCUCAAGACCGUCACCGUCAAUUCCUCAAUGCGCAUAAGCUCUUUGGAGUCAGCAACAUCACCAAGAUCAUCAAAUCCCUUACCCCUCCUGAGAAAGACGCAGCUAUGCAUACAAUCAUGUUUCAGUCUGAUGCUCGUGCCAAUGACCCUGUUGAUGGAUGCUAUGGUAUCAUAAGAAAGCUUCAAUACCAGAUCGAAUACACCAGGAACGAAUUGGAGAUUGUUCUUCAGCAACUGGCUAUGUUCCGUGACCGUGCUCAUCAUCAUCAACAUCAUCAUCAUCAAGAAACGCAAAUCCAGAUUCAAGAACCAGAGGAUCUCUCGAGUUUUUCGAGUUCUUGUGAUCUAAACAACAACAGUUCGAUUCCUUACAAUUACCCUCUGAACCACCACGUUGUUCAAGAACCAAAUCAACAACAACAAUAUUGCUCUUCAGGUAAUAACUUCAGUGGGUUACAAGAAGACAUGUGGUGUCUAGAACUUCAAGAUUCAUCGACGACAGUGAAUAUGAAGGCAGGCUUCAUCGAUGAAUGUGAGGACAUAAAGCCCGUGGAAGAGGUUUCUAGCGNUAACUCGCCAAACCUGUCAAACAAUUAA